AUGCGCCGCCUCAGGGCACUCAUCAGCGGCGGCAUCGCGGCCGCGGUGGAGAACGAGUGCAGAGACGGCAACGACGAUGACCCUCAGAUUGCGGCAAGACAAUCACGUCAAUCGGCGCCGGGCAUCCCCAGCCAUCGACCGGACGGAGAGAGCGCCAUCGACACGGUACCCAGGCGCCCUUCUUCUUACUACGAAGAAUCCUGCCCAUCUAGUCGACGCACCUUCUCCUGCGCUUCGUCUGCAAACUACCCGGCUUACAGCCUUCACCUGGCGGGGGAUAAACCUCUUCCGCCGCUGCCUUUCAGAACAGCCAACAGCCCCUCGGGAUCCGUUGGACGUCGCCCAUCAGAACGAUCUGUCGAGAGCAGCGGACGCUCGUCUCACUAUUCCGACGGGUCAGGAAGCCUUGUGGCCGGGACGACCCCGUCAUUCUCCUUCACCUCGCCAACGUCUACGCAAUACUCGGCCCCUUCUGAAGCUCAGCAUGGUGACCAACGUUCACAAUUGUCUUUGGAGCUGUGUCUCAAGAGCUUGGUGGUGUCGCAGGACAAGCGCAUCAACAACAGUGUGUACUACCUGGACAUGUCGUCCACAUCAUCAACACUAGCUACCAAGCACGGCAACAACAUUGUCAAGGUGUGGUCUCUCGCGACCGGCGGCACCGAAAGCGUCAUCAAGUUCUCGUCGUACACGGAAGCGCAGUCCCGCUCGCGUGACUACCUCAUCCGAAGCCAUGCCAUCCUAUCAGAGACAUCCAGCCUGGUUGCCAUUGCCACCCGAUUCGGCAGAUCCGUCGAGAUAUGGAACUGGGAAAGAAAGAAACGCCUGCAGACCCUCGACAACGCCGACCGCUGGUCCGUGGGCAAGGUGGAGGUAUGCCACCGCGUAUGGGGACGGCUGGCCACGUACCAAGGCCGAACCGGCGUCAUCGACUUGUUCGCGGCAACGACGGGAAAGAAGCCGUUUGUCAAGAUGAAAUCCAUCAGGCUCGCCGAGGCAAGCCUGCCCUUUGUCCCGCAGUACCCCGAGCUGGCCUUGUCGCCGACGAGCCCGCUCCUCGUGGCCGCCGCUGGUCCUCGGCCUCCGCGGCGGGGACAGCCGCCGCCGGACAGGGAAACCCUGCUGGUGGCAUGGCACACGCACGACAACGGCCUCGCUGGAAGCAAGCCGUAUCGAGUGGCCCGGCCGUGGCAGCACCGCGAGAUCGACACGGCCAUCCCGUCCGACCUCGCCACGUACGGCAGCGUCGUCGUGUCCAUCUGGAUUCCCGCCACGUUCCGCGCGGUGCCGGCGCCAGCAGCUCAGGCCGCAACGGGGUCCAACUACAAACUCGCACCGGUCCAGGUGUCGUCUCGGAACGUCCUCGUCUGGGACCUGGCCGCAAGCUCGACCAGGACGUUCGCCAUCCCCAACUGCACAUCGUGCAUCUCGCCAGACUGUCGGCCGGGCCUGGAGCAGUUCGACGACCUUGGCCGCAUCACGGAGCUGGCGUUCUCGACGGACAGCAAAUCCCUCGUCGUGGGCGACAGCGACGGCCGCAUCGGCAUCUACCAUGUCCGCGCCAAGGUCGACCUUGAGAGCCCGCCGAACUUGGCGACGGCGUUUUGA